AUGACUUCACUGACUUCAAAAGAAUCAAAUCAACUUUCUGAAGAAACUGGUCUUAGUAAAUUAUCAAUACAAGAUUGGCAUAAACGUUUUGUGCAGGAAUGUCCAACGGGUAGUAUAUCAAAAGAACGUUACAUUAAUUUAUAUCGUUCAUAUUAUCCUCGUGCACGUAAUUCGGAUACAUAUGCUCAAAUGUUAUUUACUGCAUUUGAUGAUGAUCGUGAUCAAGCAUUAAAUUUUCGUGAAUUUCUUCGUGUUGUAGCAGUUAGUCAAGGUACAGAUGAAAAAGCUAAACUUGAACUUGCUUAUAAAGCAUAUAAUCGUAAUCAAUCAGAUGCUAAUUUAACACGUAAAGAAAUACAAAAUGCUGUAAUGGCUAUAUUAAAUUUAGUUGAAACAAAAGAUGAUACAGAUGACAAUAAUGAUACAGAUAAACGUCAAACAACAAUUGAUUGGGUUAUGAAACGUUUAGGUUAUGAAGAAAAAAAUGAAAUAACUAAAAAAGAAUUUAUUCGACGUUGUAAAGGUGAUACAAAUCUAUAUGAAUUUUUAGCAUUUCAUUGUGUACCAAAACCAAAUUGUCCUGAUGGUGAUUUACGUGGAAAAGAAAAAUAUAAAAUAACCAUUAAAACUGGUACUGAAGGUAAAAAAUUAGUUCUAUUAAAAGCAUCAGGUACAGAUGCAAAUGUUUAUUUAAUAUUACAUGGUGAAAAAGCUAAUUCUGGUACUAUACAAUUACAAAAUUCACAAACACAUAAGGAUCCAUUUGAACAUGGACAUACAGAUGUAUUUAUACAAUUUUUACCAUCAUUAGGUAAAAUCAAAGGUGCAACAUUGUGGCAUACAGGUGAUAAAUCUCAAGGUUGGCUUGUUGAAAAUUUAAUGAUUACAAAUGAAGCAUCAAAUACGACAACAUAUUUUCCUGUACAACGUUGGCUUGAUUCUGAUGAAUAUGAUAAAAAGACAAAGGUUGAACUUAUUCCAAAUCAACCACCGGGUUAUGAUGAAUAG